AUGGAAUCAGACAACGUGGUUACUGUCCUUCAACACUGUCAAGUCUCUCCACCACCUGGUACCACCUCCGAGAAGUCACUCCCUCUCACCUUUUUUGAUCUUCGUAUGGUUGACUCGUCAGCCAAACAUCUCUUCUUCUUCGAAUGCACCAGUAUCUCCAAGAACCAUUUUCUCGAGUCCAGCAUUCCAAGCCUUAAACAUUCAUUGUCCCUCUCCCUCAAAUACUACCACCCUUUUGCUGGAAACUUAAUAUUUCCUCCCAAUUCUGGUAAAACUGAAAUUCGUUACUUAGAACGUGAUUCUGCCUUAUUAAUCUUCGCAGAGUCGAGUAGUGAUUUUAUUCAUCUCACUGGGAAACAGACACGAAAUACGACAGAAUUCCUAUCCUUUCUCCCUCAACUUCCACCAGAGUCGAUGUCACAUGACACACUAGUGGUUCCAAUUUCUAGUUUUCAAGCAACACUCUUUCCAGAUGCAGGCAUUUGUGCGGGCCUCCACCUCCGCCAUGCAAUUGGUGAUGGCAAUUCAGUCGUCAAAUCGUUCUUUAAAACUUGGGCUUCAAUAACAAAAGCUGGAGGAGAUGCAACAUUUUUGAGUGGUGAAUUCGUGCCAUAUUAUGAUAGGACUCAGCUCAGGGACCCUGAAGGGCUUGAGUUCGAGACCAUUAUUUGGAAUGAUCUCGGGAAAACAAAGGAAGAAUGGUCACAAACUCAUCACCUGAAGCCUAACAAUAAGUUCCGAGCAACAUUUGUAAUUAGUCAUGCCACCGCUCAACAGCUCAAGAAACUAGUGCUAUGCCGAUACCCCUUUCCAUCACAUAUAUCGACUUUCACUGUUACAUGUGGAUAUGUAUGGUCUUGCUUGGCAAAGGCUAGAGCAGCAUGUGGUAAAGAUGAUAAUGAAAUGGUACGUUUUGAUACUAAGAUGGAUUAAUGUAGAACUCGACUGGACCCUCCUUUGCCUGCAACUUAUUUUGGUAACUGUGUGUUGCCUUCCUUAGCUCGUGCUAAGACGGCACAAUUGAAGGGA